GCUGAGGGCAAGCAGCCAUUUCUCUGCUUCUCUUUAUCCCUUCCCUACAAGUAGCCCAGCUGCAGUGUCCUGCUCCCAGCGCCUCCCAAAACCCCCUUCUAUUCCCACCAGGGAUCUAAAGGAGAGCGAGUUGGAAGGAAAAAGUCUCCUCUCAGGCCUCCCACUUAGCUACACCUUUCACAUGCAGCAAAAUCGUGGGCUUUGCUCUGCUCUGUGUGUCACUGGAAGAAAGCACUGCAUUGGAAAAUGAGGAUCUCGGGGUCCCAGGGCUCUGAGGACUGUGGCCACCACAUCUGUCAGAGUCAGGGGGUCUUGGGAGAGUCCCCAUCGUCCCUCUUCAAGGGGAUGGCACCGAGUCGCUCCUAUUAUGAGAGCGAGAGGAGGUUCUAGUCUAUGUUCACGUCUUUAUCCUCAAGAGAAUAGUUUUUAAAAGUCAGAUGGCCUCUGCUAUAGAAGCAGAUGUCAAAUGUGGCUUUUCUCCACGGAAAACUGAUGCCUGGCAACUUGGAGACUAACGUAUAUGUGUGUAGAGAUGUUUUUUUCCCUUUUAAUUUUAAUAGUAAACUGAGUCUAUACUUUUAAUUCAUGAUGAAAUGCUAAAAACGUGUACUCUUGUUUUCUGCCAGUGCUUGGCUGACGGAGUUUCUGGCCGUUCUGUGGCAUGGAAUGCAACCAGCAUGGAAGCAUCGUUUGUCGCUGUGGAUUCUGAAUCAGAUUUCUCACCCUGUGCUCAUGAUGGCAGUGGUGACCAGCUCAGAUGUGUUGGAUGGUAUCGUGGACACUGAGGAGCUGCUCACCUGGAUCAGCGACGUGGCAGGUGCUCUCGAGGAUCCCCGGGAGAACCAAGAUGGUUCCAAAGUCAGAGAGAAAUACCUGAAGGGUGACCUGCUUCAGGACGAGCUGCUGGGGGAAGUAGACAGCCAGGAAAGAGAACAACUCAUUGCAUGGAUCAGUGCCACGGAGCCACAAAGCCCUGAUGUCUCCAGCAGGCCUGCCCCUCCUUGCUUCAUCGCCCAGCUCCUCGACUUCCCACAGUACAGCAGGAGGUCAGCGAGGAAGCACGGGCUGCUGCCUGGACCCCCCCGACCCACUGUGGGGGCUGCUGCCAUCCCUCGGGCAGCUCUCCAUGCUGCAGGGCUGGCCUUUGCUGCUGCCUGCUGUGGCACCACCAGAACUACCACUGCCGACCCCUCUGGCUGCUCCUGUGCCUCCUUUGCUCCACCCUGCACAGCGCGUGGAUGUGGUGGAUUUCACAGUUGCUUGUUUUUUAAAGCAAUCUCUUAUGGGGAACCAUACAGAAAAACUCAGGUUUGUUUGAGCCCCUAUGAUUUCCACGAUAGCUCGUUCUGGUGUCCAGAAGUUUGUACUACUUCCCAAACAUUGGCUGGGGAUGUCAGGGACAAAAUGGAGGUCAGCACUGGGGGUGUGCUGGGGACGUGCUGAGGACAUCCUGGGGUUUGGGGGAGGAGGUGGCGGAGGUGGCCAGUGAAAACGGAAAGAGAGUUUUGUUUUAGAAAGAUGGUUUUGUUUAAUAAAAAUGUUAUCACCUGACGAAGUUCUGGCGGGGAUCUCCACUGAGAAACAACAUCUAAGAUCACCCAGUCCAACUGUCCCCCUACCACCAACAUUUCCCACUAAAUGGUGUCCCUCAGUACAGCACCUAAACACUCCUUGAACUAGGGAUGGCCAUUCCACCAUUUCCCCUUCCAUAAAGAGGUAACUCUUGACCUUUAAACCUAACCCAAAAGGGUAUCCCAUCACCAUGACCCACAAGGGUAACUGCAGACAAAGGCAAUAGCAAAUACAGCUGCUUUAAACCAGUCCUAAAUUACCCAAGAAAAGUAAAG